AUGUUGUCUUCUAGAUCAUUGUUAUUCCGUCGUACAUUUGCUUCCACCGGAGCCAAUCUCAAGAAAUUGAAGAUUGGUUUGAUCCCCGGUGACGGGAUUGGAAGAGAAGUGAUUCCUGCCGGUCAGGCUGUACUUGAAGCUCUUCCAGCCAAACAUGACUUACAAUUUGAGUUCAUGAACUUGGAUGCUGGGUUUGAGUUGUUUCAAAAAACUGGCGUUGCUCUUCCAGAUAAGACUGUUGAACUUUUGAAGACUGAAUGUGACGGUGCUCUUUUCGGUGCUGUUUCAUCCCCCACAGUAAAGGUUGAAGGUUACUCUUCCCCCAUUGUUGCUUUGCGUAAGAAGAUGGGAUUGUACGCUAAUGUUCGUCCUGUUAAGUCUGUUGCUGGAAUUGGCCGUCCAGUAGAUAUGGUCAUUGUCAGAGAAAACACUGAAGAUUUAUAUAUCAAGGAAGAGAAGACCUACGAAGCUGCUGAUGGUUCCAAGGUUGCUGAAGCCAUCAAGAGAAUUACAGAAACAGCUUCUGCUCGUAUUGCCAAGAUGGCUUACGAAAUCGCCUUGCUGAGACAAGCUAUUAGAGAAGCUACUCCAAAUGCUCAACAAUUACACUCUACUCCUUCAGUCACUGUGACUCACAAGUCUAAUGUGUUGUCACAAUCUGAUGGUUUAUUUAGAGAAACUUGUCGUCGUGUUUACGAUCUGAAUCAACAGUACGCCAAUGUUGAAUACAAGGAACAAAUUGUUGACUCUAUGGUUUACAGAAUGUUUAGAGAACCUGAAAUCUUUGAUGUUGUUGUUGCUCCCAACUUGUACGGUGAUAUUUUGUCUGAUGGUGCUGCUGCUUUGGUAGGUUCUUUGGGUGUUGUACCAUCUGCCAACGUUGGUGACAACUUUGCCAUUGGUGAACCUUGUCAUGGCUCCGCUCCUGAUAUUGAAGGUAGAGGCAUUGCUAACCCUAUUGCUACUAUUAGAUCCACUGCUUUGAUGUUGGAAUUCAUGGGCUACCCUGAAGCUGCUGCCACUAUCUACGAAGCUGUUGAUGCCAACUUAAGUGAAGACUCCAUCAAGACUCCUGACUUGGGUGGUAACUCUUCUACCCAAGAAGUUAUUGAUGAUAUCAUCAACCGUUUCUAA